GGAGUCUUCUGAGAAUUCAGUGAAUUCAGUACAACAGGAGUCUGUGGAUGGUUCUCAAGUUAAUAUUGCCCCAAGGAAAAGGCUAAAUGAUAAAACACCAUUGCUUAGAAAUGUUCAACUUUUGUGUAACUUUAGUGACAGCAAUAGUGACUCUCAAUUUACACCAACAACCAGUAACAAUUCUCUCAGAAGCCUUACCACUUUCCCUGGUGUGUUUGUUCCUGUUUCACUUUCAAUGUUUAGUGCUGUUUUGUUUUUACGUGUUGGUUUCAUAGUUGGACAUGCUGGUCUUUUAGAGACAUUAGCAGGGGCAAUUUUGUCAUACAUUAUUUUAGUGUCAACAGUUUUAUCAAUCUGUGCAAUAUCUACAAAUGGAGCUGUAGAAGGCGGAGGAGCAUACUUUAUGAUUAGUCGAGCUUUAGGUCCUGAGUUUGGUGGAAGUAUUGGAACUUUAUUCUUUCUUGCAAAUAUAUUUUCCAGUGCAUUAUAUAUUACUGGUUGUGUAGAGGGUUUGACUGAUAGCUUUGGAGAAGAAGGCAGUUUAGCUUCAUUUCUACCAAGUGGAACUUGGUACAACUUUCUAUAUGGCUCUGUACUGAACUUCUUCAACUUGAUUGUGUGCCUUGUUGGAGCUUCAAUGUUUGCACGCACAUCUGUAAUUAUAUUUUGCAUUGUAAUUUUUAGUACUGCAUCAGUGCUGAUCAGCUUCUUGGCAGUAAAUCCGUUUUUCGUUGAAAUCCCUGCUGAAAAUGUAAUUGCAAAUUUGACUCGAGCUGAGUAUACUGGAUUCAGUUGGCAUACUUUUACAAGCAAUAUUUGGGAAAAUUAUGACAUUGAUUAUACAACUGGUAAUAUGAUAAAUUUUGCUACAGUAUUUGCUGUCAUGUUUAGUGGGGUUACUGGCAUUAUGGCUGGAGCAAACAUUUCAGGGGACCUCAAGGAACCGGGUCGUUCAAUCCCAAAAGGAACACUGACAGCUAUGGCGUUUACUUUUGUUAUAUAUAUGGUUUUAUUUUUUCUUUCUGCUGCAACUUGUUCUAGUAUCCUUUUGAAAAACAAUAACUUGUACAUGCAGUAUAUCAAUUUGUAUCCUCCAUUAGUUGCUAUUGGUUUAUUCUGCGCUACAUUGUCGGCUUCUUUGAGUAAUUUGAUUGGAUCAUCAAGAGUUUUAGAAGCUUUAGCAAAAGAUGAAAUAUUUGGUGUGCUGUUAAAACCAGUUGCACAAUUUGCUUAUGGGGGAAAUCCUAUUGCAGCGGUGGUUGUGGCUUGGAUUCUUGUUCAGCUGAUACUCCUCAUUGGAUCAUUGAAUACCAUUGCCCAAAUAGCUUCUGUAUUCUUUCUUUUGUCAUAUUUUUCUACUAAUUUAGCCUGCUUAGGAUUGGAAUUAGCAUCAGCUCCUAAUUUCAGGCCUUCUUUUCAAUACUUCUCAUGGCAUACAGCGAUGAUUGGUAUAUUAGGAUGUAUUACUAUGAUGUUUGUAAUAAGCCCUUUAUAUGCUGCAAUAUCCGUGAUCAUGUGCUUAUUGCUGGUGAUUAUAUUGCAUCUAAGAUCACUUCCUGUACGCUGGGGAUCUAUUAGUCAAGCCUUAAUUUUCCAUCAGGUUCGGAAAUACUUGCUGCUCCUUGACAGUCGUAAGGAUCACGUGAAGUUCUGGCGACCUCAAUUUUUAUUGUUAGUUGCAAAUCCCCGUUCCAGUUUGCCUCUGAUCCUUUUUGCCAAUGAUUUAAAAAAGAGUGGUCUUUAUGUCAUUGGGCAUGUAAAACUUGGGAAGAUAGGCAACAACCUUGUUUCUGAUCCAGUUGCUGAAGAAUAUCCGCUAUGGCUUACACUUUUGGAUAAACUUAAAAUUAAAGCUUUUGUUGAAGUCACUAUGUCUCCAUCUGUUAGAGAAGGAUUUCAUCAUUUGGCAAGAAUUUCUGGACUUGGAGCUAUGAAACCAAACACUGUUCUUUUGGGCUUUUAUGAUGAAAUUGAUCCUGUGGAUUUUUUUGAAAAAGACGUUGUAUUUAAUGACUUACAAAGAGUUAUCUUAAAAGAUCAAGUUUUCCUUGAACUGAGAGAUCAAUGUAAGGGUCGAUUUUUAUCACCUGAAGAGUUUGUGCAAAUAGUAUGGGAUGGCAUAUUUUGUUUGCAAAAGAAUGUUUGCCUUGCAAGACAUUUUUGCAAGCUUGAUAAAAAGGCACUCAUGAGAAAAGGAAAAAGAAACUAUGUGGACCUUUGGCCUAUCAACUUUUUAAACCCUGCUUCCACAACCUGCAUCGAUAAUUGCUGGCAGUUCAUCAUGCAGCUUGCUUGUAUUCUAAACAUGGUUAAUGGGUGGAAAACAUCAACCAUUGUUCGAGUUUUUAUGUGUAUCAGCGCACAUUCUGAAAACUCUGUCUAUCAUCAACAACAGUGGGAAAAUAUGUUACGGUUAUUGCGUGUAAAUGCUAGCAUAAGUAUUAUUCUUUGGGACCAUGUAACAGAUCUUUUAGAACCCAUUGAAGGGAAAGAAAUUGGGGACAUUAAUAUGGCUUAUAUUUCUGGAGUUAACACCAUGAUUAAGCAACAUAGCCAGUAUACAACUGUAUUAUUUCUGUACCUACCUCCACCACCUCCUACCACCGAAAGUCAGUUGCAGUACCUGGAGCAAAUUGACUUGAUGACUCAGAAUCUUCCUCCAACUUUGCUAGUCCAUGGAAUAAGCCCUGUUACAUCUACAGCUUUGUGAAUGUUUUUAGCUUAGGCCAUUUUAUGAUUGAGAGGUUUAGUAUCAAAACCAGCUCAAUCCAUGAUUUUUUCAAUUCCCCCCCCCCCCCCCCCCCCUCAUGAUUUGACAGAUCUUGGUCGAUACUGUUCAGCCUCAAAGCGACUUGGAUUGAAUCAAACUUAAUCCGGUUGUAAUCAGGUACCAGAACCCCAGUUUACAUCAAAACCAGCUCAAUCCAUGCUUUCAAUGAAGACCACACUGUAAAGACAAUUAUCUGUACCAAUACCUUAAUUUAAUAGAACUUAAAAUAGAAAAAUAAGAAAGAGAGGAUUGACUUACUUCAAAACCAGCUCAAUCCAUAUUAUGUUAUUCUGUAAAUCAUUAAAUAAUUUUGCUAAUUUAAAAAUUGAAACAAGAAUGAAGCUGUACACCGUAUGCUAUUCAAAGGAAAAACAAAUCUGUAGGAAAAACCAAGUGGACAGAGCAUGAAACGGGUUUUGCCUCUCCUGUAAAAUUUAUAAAACUGGAUUGAGCUGGUUUAAUACUAAAUGCUUCAAUAAUGAGUUUUGCAGCAUUUUUAUGAUGUAAGACAGAUUUUAAUUUUCUGCAUUCUUUAUGUCCUAUUUUGAAUGGUGUUUUAUUUAUUGUGUAACUCCUGUUUAAAAAUGUCUUUUAAACAUUCUGUUGUAAAUUGUGCUUCAAAAGGUGUUUGGGGCAAAUAAUUUUAUAAUGAUGUGUGUCUGUCAGUCAGUCUGCCCCCUGCCUAUAAUUUUUGAGGAAAUAGUCUGGUGCAAAUGAUUUUUUUUUUGUUUAUGAGACAUUGGCCAAGGCCAAGUUUCAUUUAAUUUUUUUUUAUUAAUUUUUUUUCUUGCUCAAUUUUGAACAAGUAGAAAAAUUAAGCAUUAGACCUACAAGGAAGUUUUAGAGUUUUAGUUGGAACUUUUUGUUUAAAUAAAUACAUUGAUAGUUAUGGAAACUUGGACAUAAUCCAUUAUUUUAGGGUUAAGAUUAAUUUGCAUUCAUUCCUAGCAAAUGCUACUACUGCCGAAAUGUGUUUCCAUUAAAUUUGAUAAAACAGAGGUUAAGAACACCCUUUAAUAGACAGUAUUAAAUUUGUGCAUAUAUUUACCUAAAUUUUAAAUUAUUAAAAAAACCUAAUUUACCUAAAUUUUUAAAAAACAUAAUUUAGUUCCUAAAUGAGAGGUUUUUUUUGUAUAUGCACUUACUGAAUAAUUUUAAUCACAAAAAAAAGAAGGAUAUAUUUUUAUAUAUGUAAUGAAAUAAUUAAAAAAUAAUCCUAAAUAUGUGUCAUACCUCCAAAAUAUUGAUUAAAAUAUAAUCGGGUAUAUUUAGUUAAUAUACUGGCUAUUUGUCUUAAGCAAUAAUUGGCUGGAUCAUCAGAAAUCACAUUGAUACAGUCUAUUAAGGGAAGUACCCCUGAAUUUUGCGAAAGGAUUUGUAACUUUAGACCUUAUCUCUCUUUUGAAAUUUACUUUGUGUGUUUGUGUGUUUUUAUUUUGAAAUUCUUCUAGGUUUUGGUAUUUAGUAUUGUUUUUAAGUACUUUUAAUUGUUUCUUUUUUUUGCACAAAUUAGUGAAAUUUUAAGAUUUUAAUUAUUGAGUGACUUUGCUGUUUUAUUUUAAAAAAAAUUUUAAAAAGCAAGGGAUCUAAAUGCAGAAUUCCGAUGCUUAAUUUGCAAGUUCUGAUUUACUUUUUUUUAGUGGAAAUUUGCAAAAGAUUACGUGAUUUGUUUCUCCCCCCCCCCCUUCUUUUUUUUUGUUUUUGUAUCUGUGAUAUUUUUAUAGUUACAUUUAUCUUGUUAAAUUUGUUAUUGAUCUAGUCCCACUAAAAUGAUUCCAAGCACCAGUUAAUAAACAUGUGUAGUAAUAAAAUGCAAAUUUCAUUUUAAACUCGUCUGGUCAUAUUUGAUAAAAAUAAUUUAGUGGAUUCACUAUAUAAUGAAAUCUUGAUAAUUUGAAGCUUAAAACUUGAAUAUUCCUUUAUCUUGAAGUUUUCAUUGGGUCCCAAACUCCUAAGACUGUUGUGGAAACUUCCCAUGACUCCUAUUAUAAAUAAUUCAAUCUACCAAUUAUUCAAACAUUUUAUCUGGUCCCUUGGGACUUCGAGUUAUCGACAGUUGUUGUAUGUGAAAAAUUUUCUUAUCUUAUUGUUAUGAGCUAAAAUCUGUUGUUAUAAAGUCAUUUCUUUCAGUAUCUUUUGUUUUUGAUAUUAAGCUUCAAAAUAAAAUAAGUAAAAUAAAGAAGCAUUUGGAAUAUUUCAGUGAUAUUCUCAA